UGUGUCUCCACAAUGGCGUGAAGCGCUCGAGAUUUCGACUAAUCCGAUUUGUUGCUAUAGUAACACCGAAAAAUGUUCAAUUCCGCGACCAAAAAUUCUACGCAUUCCAUGAAGAUAUCCCUCUGAUUGUCAUCAGUGUUUAUUCGAGAAUUAGAACGCAACAGCGCGGAUUUUUGAUUUUUUAGUCGCGAGUUUUUACGGUUUUUCGAGAGGAGCCCAAAGUCGCAGGAUCGAUGGAGGAUUUGAAAUGAGAAACUGUACGCAAAGGUGGAGACAGUUGGAGACAUAAAACCGUUGAUGGCUUGAUAGCCGUUAAGUGUAGACAUAACCUAGUUGAAUAGCGUCGUAUUGCUUAUUGUUCUCGACUGUUUUCCGGGGUUUAUGACGAUUUAUCUGUGGUUACUGUCAGCACAGGUAUUAUGGUAAUUAUUGGUAAAAUUGGGUCGAAAUAAUUGGCAACUGAACCAAAAGAAAACACCAGCAUGGAUCCAGCCUCAGUCAUAACACUCUGCAAGGAGAACAUUCAACCACUGAGACAUGGAAGAAAUGCAACACAACUUGGGACAGCUCUGCGAGCACAGGAAGACGCUGAAGCCCAGCAAUUGCUCCUCCAAGAGAAACAAAAAUACGAGGAUGCGAUAAAAAAUUACGAAGGUGACGAUCCACUGGAAAUGUGGUAUGAAUACAUUCUAUGGGUUGAACAGAGCUAUCCAAAGAGUGGACAUGAGUCCCACAUUGGUAAACUACUGCAGCAGUGUUUGGCUGCUUUUGAGAAGGAAACCAAAUAUCAUCAAGAUCGUAGAUACAUUAGGUUAUGGAUUAAUUAUAUAAGUAUGCAGAAAAAUCCCUUAGAACUCUACCAACUCCUCUACAACAACGGCAUCGGUACAAUGGUGGCAGACAUGUACCGAGCCUGGGCAUUCGAGCUGGAGCAAGUGAACGAUAACAAACGAGCGGACGAAGUCUACGACCUCGGUAUAAGAGCGAGAGCAGAGCCCCGCGACGAGCUGACCCACGCCCACGCAAAUUUCCAAUUCGCCGUUGCUCGCAAGACCCUUGGGCGAAUGGAGGAGCGCAACGAGAUGUCACUCCUGGAGCAACGCCAGGCCUUCUCCUCCCUGCGAGCCAUAAAAUCCGGUAGACGUGCGACCCACGUGAGAACAGGCCAACGCGUGAGAGAUUACCAGCCAGGAGUUGUUCCUCAAAGCUCUCAAGUGCAAAUUGGCAAGGGGAACACAAAAAUCCAGAUCUACCAGGACGAGCCUGAACCUCUGGAGUCGCGAGGAGCGAGUAUCCUGGAUCAUGUACCAAUCGAGGAAACUGUGCACAAAGAAAAUACAAUAAAAGCUGGACCGUGGAGCAAUGCCGCUAGAAAACAUCCCCUCAUUCCACCGACAGCAAAAACCUCAUUCAAAAUUCACGAGGACAGAGCUGACGAUAAUUUCGACAUGGAGAAACUGCAUUUGUACCCAAAUCACGUGACAUUCUUCGAUGGCAGUAACUACUCAGAGCACAAGACAGUACCAGUUUUCGUCCCCGAGCAGCCAUCAGCAAUGAUGACAAAAACAUUUUAUCCCAAAGAUUUAGUUUACGCGAAUAAUAUGGAUCGUAGUAUGGAGGAGAUACGUGCUGAGCGUUACUUCAAGCAGAGGAGAAUGCAGGAGAAGAUGUAUUACGGAAAUUCCGAGGGUUUGAUGAAUGGACGAAGUAUGCAGACACCCGACAUGGAGAGAAGGAACUUUGGGGACGAGGAGAUUGAGAGGUUAAAGUUUGAGGCGGAGCAAAAGCGUGAGAAAGAGAGACUUGAGGCUGAACAGAGGGAGAUGGAGAGGAGGCAGGCUGAGCAGAUGGAGAUGGAACGACUGAGGAGAGAGGAAAUUGAGAGGCAGAGAAGAGAGGAAAUUGAGCGACAGAGGAGGGAGGAGAUGGAGCGCCAGAGGAGAGAGGAAAUCGAGAGGCAGAGGAGAGAGGAGAUGGAGCGCCAGAGGCGAGAGGAGAUGGAGCGUCAGAGGCAGGAGGAGAUGGAGCGUCAGAGGCAGGAGGAGAUGGAGCGUCAGAGACGCGAGGAAAUCGAGAGGCAGAGAAUUGAAGCUGAGAGAAUCGAGGCCGAGAGAAUCGAGAGCCAGAGAAUGGAAGCUGAACUGAGUGGACAACGAAAGCUCCCCCAAAACUAUCUCCACCACGCGUCAGCCAACAGCAGCCUGGACCCCUCGAUGGAGCACCUCCUUGGGCAGAGCAUAACCGUGAAUACGAAAGAGGCAAUGUCAGUGGUUCAGGACCUCUGGCAUUCGCCGAACGAAACCGCCUCGCCCAUCGUUCCCACUCCAAUGCAGCACAGAAUGCCCGACUCUAGAGCCAAAUUCAGCUUCGACAUCCACAUGGACAGCUCCAUGACCCAGAAUGUCGCCAUGUCCUCCAGCAAACACCACAACAGCUACAUCCCACCAUAUCACGAUCAGGAGAAUCAGUUUGCCGCUGGUUUCUCACAGAGUCAUCACCAAUCAUUUCGUAAUCAUGGUAUACCUGAUCCUUACCAGUACCAGGCGCAUCAGGUGCAGAUGCAAUCCCCUGGUAUACCCCCAAUGCACAUGAUGCAGUCCCCCCAAAUUCAUCAUUCAGUUCAGCAUCAUUAUUCCCAGCAGAUCCAGUCACCACAAAUACCACAUCAUCAGUCAGCUCACAUGCACAGUCUGCAGAGUCCUCAUCAGCACCAUCAGCCACAGCAUCAUCAGCAUCAUCAGCCUCACCAGCCUCAGCAACACCACCAAUCCCCAGUGAUGCACCACAUGUACAACAACAUGGAUCAGAGCAAUGUCAGGUACAGCAUGCAACAACAUCAGCAGCAACAACAGCAGCAGCAACAGCAGCAGCAGCAACAGUACCCCAUUAUGCAGUCACCUCCCCAGCCCCAGGACCACAUUGACCCUCGCAAGCAGAUGCCAUUCCCACCUUUCGUCGAUCCCCAGGGUGAGGGCAAAUCCUACAGAAUGCCAGAACUGCCUUACAUCAAGUCACCAGGUAUGAACAGACGUGAUCUCAAGUACUUGGACAGCACAGACAACAAGGAGAAUGCCGCUGCUGCUGGAUACAACAGUGGAAUGGAGGACAAUAAACAAGAGAAUUUGUUCAUCGACGAGAGCCUGGGAAUAGCUCCAUUGAAUGGAGUCGACGAUACUUGCUUCACCGAUGGCUUCAGUGGACCACUGACCAGCUCGACUCCCAUGACUAAUCAGUUUAGACCGUCGACCUGCAGAACGAAGGAUGUGCCCCAGUAUCAAGUGCCUCAGGUGCAUGUGAAUCCAGUGGUGAUACCGGAAAUUCAAACCAGUGAACCUGAUGAAAAGCUCAGUGUUAUCAUGGAAUCUACCAGGGAGUAUAUUUCCAGCAGCUCUGGGAGCAGUGUGAGAACUGGGGGCUUUGGCUUCGCAACUCGUGAAGAUCUUGGGGCCAUUCAGGAGCAGUCGACCCAGGAGAUUGACACCACUGAAGCACUUUUGGCGAAUCAUAACUCGUGCGAUCAGUCGUUGAGGGCUAAGAUUCAGGUUGUUGAUGCACAGAGCCCCAGGACUGUGCAGAGGAAUGUCGAUCAGAUAACCUCGGAGAUUAAUCACUGCGAUUUGAGGAAACCACUGAAUCUCGAUGGUGAGGGGAACAACGAGAAGAAGAAUGAGGGGAAGAUGGAGUGCUCGUUCAAUGAGCCGAUGGAGGAGAUCGAGGAGGAGGAGUUUGUGCUGCCCACUGGGGACAUUAAUCCGUUUGACAAGGCUCUCAUUUCUGGGCUGCUGAGGAAGAUCAAGUUUCCACAGGCUCAUCAUUCUAAUGGCUAUCACAGGAUGAACAUGAAUUUGAAUAAGAUGCAGCCCUCGAGUGUUGUUAAUUUGGGGAGUGAUACGUAUGUGUUGGAGAAGACACUUGGGAAGGGGACUUACGGGACUGUUAUGAAGGCAUUGAGCAUUCAGACUGAUCAAGCUGUGGCUUUGAAGACUCAGAGGCCAGCGUGGGUCUGGGAGUACUACAUUGCGCGUGAGAUUAAAGCGAGAAUUACCAAUCCUCACAUGCUGCGGGGUUUCAUGGACAUUUCGAAGGCUUAUGUGACUAAUAAUGCCAGUGUUUUAGUCUCAGAAUACUCGAAGUAUGGGACAUUGCUGAGUGUUACGAAUCAGGUGAAGGUCGCCACUGGUAAACCACUCACUGAGGCACUCUCUAUAACUUUUACAUUGGAAAUGCUGCAAAUUGUCGAGUACCUGCACAAAUGCCAAAUCAUUCAUGGUGAUAUUAAGCCUGAUAAUUUCCUUCUCAUGCAUCUACCGACUGAGGAUGUUAGACCUACGAUACAAUUGAUUGACUUUGGAUGCAGCAUUGACAUGAGUUUAUUCCCAGAGGGAACUAAAUUCACGCAGAUGAUUAAGACGGAGGACUUCACCUGCAUUGAAAUGCAAACGGGGAGACCCUGGACUUAUCAGACCGAUCUUUAUUGUUUAGCUGCAUCUGCACACUGUUUGCUUCUGGGGAAUUAUAUGAAGGUUAUUCAUACUGGGGAAAAGUGGUUUAUCACAGCGAAAAUGCCGAGAUACGUCAAGAGAGCAGCGUGGGAGACAUUCUUCACCGAACUCUUGAACAUUGAAUCAUGUGACAAAAUGCCAGAUCUGAGUGCUCUGCGCAGUCUGAUGGAAGAGGCAUUAGCUAACACACCGAAUCACGACUUGCAGUUCCGAAAUUUCGCCAAUGUUUUGAAUGGCCGAUAACGCUUACAUAUUUUUCCAGCCAAGAGUAAAAGCAAAGCGAGACGAAAAAGGCGGAAAAAUUGAUGAAAGGAAUAUAAAUUAAGUGGACUGUGCACGUACCUUGUGACGAGGGAAUAAUUCAUGUACAAUGGGGAGUUAUGAUUACUAUGAUUAUCGUGCUAUUUAUUAUCAAUGGAACAUCUAUUACGAUGGUAUAUACAGUCUAGUUAUUUUCAAAUGGAGAUAAUUCUUCAGCAGGUUCGUGCAUACUCGGAUAUUUACAUUUUUUAAUGAAAAAAUAUUUAUCCUGCGAUUUAAAUUUUCUGAGCUAAACUCAUCAACAAUUUUCGAUAAAUUUUCAACUUCAGUCUUUUUUUUGCGUAAAAAAUAAAUACGAUGGAUGAGAUCUUCAUGUAACUUUUUUCCAACAUCCACAGAACCAAUUUUAUCUCAUGUUAUACAAUAGUACACUAUCAAUGCUAAACUAAAAGAAAUGAAUAAAUAGAAACAAAUGUUUUUUUUUUCAUGAUCCAUCGUUGGAUUUUAUAAGAAAAAUUAAAUUUACAUGCUGAAAGAUUAAAUAAUUGAAUUAAUACAAUGAGUGACAAGAAAAAAAUAUAAAAUAUUAGUUGGGAAUAUGCCUUAUCUUACUUUGACAGUGCAACGAAGAUGAGUAUUUUCUAAUUAAUUAGGUAUUUUUUAAUUGGGGGAAAAAGCGGGCUUUACCUAUUGAAUGUCACAAAACUCAUGAAAAGAAUUCAAAACUCAAAUAUUCAGACUAUUCUACGCUGUAUUUUUAAUAUUUUUAUUCAACUCAUUUUAUCGUUCUUCAUGCGCCUGGACUUGCUCGAUGGCCAGUAGCAUUUAAUGAAUUUAAAGGAAAAAUCUUGAUAUUAUCUGCGUUGCACUGUCACAAAAGUGAGUAUACUGACUUCUCAUGUUAUAAUAGUUAUUAAGAAACAUUGUAUUAUUAAAAUAUGAAAUCUUAUAAAUAUAGAUAUUUACAAUAA